GACUUAUUUACAUAGGAAUGUUGCCUCAGACCACAUGAAUCAGGCAUCACUGAAUCAGGAAAGCCGAUUCGUACCUUGAAUCUCUAUCGCUUAAUACUAUUCAGUAACCAGUUGCAGACAUUCUAGGGGCCCGGCUGGUGCCUACCUUGAACACUUUUCAAAGAGGUUUUCUCUGUCUCUGAGACUGAAAAUUAAGGCUUUGACCUCUGCCAAGGAUUAAGCUUAAGCUGGUUUACGUGAUACAGGUAGGUUUAUUUUUGUCACCUGCUGGCUGGCGGAAUACUUAUUAUAAGGACAUUCUGUUCAGUGGCUGAAGAAAUUUUGACGAGUCGUUAAAAAAGUGACCGCUGAUUCUGAAAGCGGAAUCUCAAAAGAAGCAAUCAUUCCUAUUUCGAAACACUGAACAAUUAUUAUUAACGUACAGUUGGGUGAUCUAAUGAGAUGAUCCAGACUACAUUUGUACUCGCUUAGAUAAUCUUAAAAUCCGUACUAUAGAGAGAGAGAGAGAGAGAGAGAGAGAGGGGGAGAGAGAGAGAGAGAGAGAGAGAGCGAGGCUCGAAAAUUAAGCACGAAUUCGGAGCAUCGCAAGGCGGGAUUAAGAUGAUCAAAAUCAAUAGAUUCACAAAUUCACUAGAAUAGCAUACAUCCGUGGUGGUGAAACAGUUGGGAACUUAAGCAGAGACGUUUUUGAGCGACGCAAGUCAACCGGAAGAGGACUCUUCGCAUUCGUGGGCAGUUUUUAUGCCCAAAUCCAGUUCAGUUGAAUUAUCUCUAUGCGAGUAAAGAGACUUGAAGAGAUAUAUUUAAUAGCGUCAAGGCAUCAUUGAAAGGAAAAAUGCCUCACUUCCGGUUGAGUUCGUCGCUCAAAAACGUGCUUUGUUUAUGUUCCCUAAUGUUCCAGAACAGAAAACGGUUUGAUAGCUGCAGUUCGAGAUCAUAAGUAAUCAAAAGAGAAAUUACCGGUAGGACCGCAAAAUCAUUUUACAUCAGGUCAUUGAAAGCCCGGAAUUGAUACAAAUGUUUCUCUGACAUUGUUAAUCAGCAGGUCUUAAGAGCCUUCGUACAUGUAUUUAUGUAUACAUUCCCCAUGGUUUAUGAUUUCUAGUUCACACGUCACUAGCUAUAGGUUAAGUACAUUUUUUUGAAUGACUGCAAUACAGUAAGUCUGAGAGGGUUGUCAGCCGAAAUAGUUUUGUAAAAACCUCUUUCUUGGAACAGUCUGGAACAGGGCUAGGCUACACCUAGCAACAGACUCAGCAAACAGUAAACAUAAAUGACUUUAGAACAAAAUACAAGAGCUUCUCACAACAGAAAAUUUAUCGGAUGAUAGAUGCUACUUUUAAUUAAGGACGCGUGAAAUGCGUUUCUUCUCGGUUGUUGCUAGGGCUGCAAUCGCGUGAGAUAUUCUGGGGUCUAGGACAGUCGGAAAGUUGGAAACCUCUUCGAACAUCGCCUGCCAAGUAUAAUGAAGUGCCACAUUAUGAGUGAUCAGUACGGCUCGAGAAGAAUAUAUUCUCGGCUCUAGACUUCGCACCAGCUCACCGCAAAAUUCAAAAUGGCCGCGAAAGAAAGACAUCCGCAAUCUUUAUUUAUUUAUUAUAAUCAAAACCUCUUGCGAUACAACCAAACAAUUUUUAACGUUAUUGCAAAAAAAAUGAAAAAAAUGGAAAUUCGGUCUGUUGAGUGUGAAUCUUGGCUCAGUCUCCAGCCGCAGUUGGGUGUCUCGAUGCACCCGCAGUACUCUCCAGGCUGAUCGAGGUGGGUUGAGUUAAGAUGAUUAAUUAGAUGAUUAAAAUUUAAAUGUUACUGGGAAAAAGUAGAAAUAAGAACUACAAUAAUAUUAGACAAUAGACGUGAAGCCCAUUGAUCAUCCAGGGUCAGCUUAAGUUAAAAAACAAAUCGUUACUUAAGCAUGUAUUACUUAAUGAUAACCCGAGACUACAACGUGAUCUAACCUAUGACUAACAGUAAUCUUUUAUAUGUGAAAAGGAAUUCGAUAAAACGUUUUGGCCGUAAUAUUAAUGUUAGGUAACUGUAUUCUUUUUUAUCAUGUUUUGUAGGUAACUGAAGAAAUUGAAGAAACGGACGUAACUAUGCAGAAAGGACAAAAGAAAAUCAUCCAAAAGAAUUUUGAGGUACUCUUGGAAGAUUUAGACCCAAAUCCGCUGAUGAAUUUUUUAUACCAAGAAGACAUCAUCACUAGAGAUGACAUCGAUGAAAUGGAUUCGAUAAAACCACGUAAAGAAAAGAGUAAGGCCUUACUCUUCACGCUGCAGAGAAGGGGCCCGAAUGCUUUCCUAGCGCUUGUCGAGGGACUAAUAAUGAAAAAGAAACAAUGGUUGGCUACCUUGUUAUUGAAGGAAGGUAAGUAUAAUUAAGUAAUUAAGGCAAAGAUCUCUUCUGGAGGCGUUUGUUACCCUGAAAAUACAAACCAAAAUACAUAGAUGUUCAGUUCCUGAGGAAUGGAACGAGUUGCGGCUCAACAGAUUCGGGAGCCUAACAUGCACCCGAAAGCAAGGAGUUAGAGCGCACAUAGACGACGUGGAUUUAACACUUCAAUUCACCAUUUUCCCUUUUAUUAAACUUCUUAAGGUGAUUUAAGAAUAUAAGAAAAAAAGCAACACAAAAAAGGCAAACAAAUUAAAUUAACAAAGAAAAACAUUAUUUGAAAGUAUAAACCACCCCAGCGGAAAGCAAAGUAACGACUUCUAUUUCAGAGACAACUUUGGCUUACACUGGACUGUCCAGCAGCUGUACAAGGUUUUUGCUGCUAGUAGUCAGUUCAAUUUCUCUACAUGUAUCUUCACUUGAGACCCAUUUUUGAAUUUAGCUUCAAAUUGGCCUCUUUAAAAAUACUUUGCUUUGAAAGAGCUUGUGCUAGCCGGGUUUCUGCCCUAUACCCAGUGUGAGACGUAAAAGCGAUCUAUGACAAAGUAGACUUGCUAAUCUGUCUGCCAGUUAGCAUAUGAAUAAUAAAUAAACAUCAUGAUCAUGUUGUACAUGUUGCAGUUAAUUUUUUACUUCAGUUAAUUUUUAUUUUUCCAUUGUUUUUUCGGUAUGGUAAUGUAUGCUAACGAAUUUCAAACAUAGGAAAAAUUAAAAUUAACCGAAAUAAAAAAUUAACUGCAACAUACACGAAUGCAAUUAAUUCCAGUCCCUGUCCCAAGUAACAUGCUAUAACGGAAAGAGCCUUUUUGUCAGAAAUCACCCUAAAAAAGAAAAAAGAAUCAAAGAGGAAAUAGAGAGAUUGAGGGGAAAGAAUGGAGGCAAAGGAUAAAAAAACAUAUUCGCCACUCUUGAUUUUUAUAUUGGCUCAUUUGAAAAUAAAUUCUGAACAAAACGCGGGGGACGACUGCUUGACGGAAGAAGUCUAUGGCAGUAACGGUCUAAAAUCCAGCUAGAUGAUUCUGCAAAACGAUUGUUGGUUGGAGGCCCAGCAAUGACACGACCAUUUGCUAGUCUAGAAUGCCGGGCAGACUUUAAAAGACGACUGGCUGAAUUCUUUGGAAUUUUCUAGCAGGAUGUUCGAAAACAUACCAAAAAUCACAGUUAGAAAGAAAAAGGGGAAAAAUAGGACUGAAAGGCAAAUAAAAAGAAAAGGAGGUGAAGAAAAUUUAACAAGAGAAAGAAGAAAGAAAAUGGAUUUUUCACCAUUAUAAUUAAGACAUUGAAAUUAAAUUUGAAUAGCGACAACUACCAAUGAGAGUCUUACGUUAUCUAACAGUUUUGUAUCUAAUUUUUUGGGAAUUUUUUUUCUGUAGAAAGACAGCGACUUUCCGGAGAAGGAGUGGAAGAAACAAUGACCUCUGAGGGCGAAGAAGCGGAAAGCGAAAAGGAGGACGAGUCUGGUAAAACGACGAUGGAGUUAAAAAGCCAACUGGAGGAUGUGAACAAUCGAUUACAGCUUGCUGAAAGGGAAAGAAAUCAAUAUGCUAACAAGUGCCAUGAUUUAGAAAAACAGAUAGAGAGUUCUGAAGAGAUGAGGAAAGAUCUUUUAAAAAAAUGUAAUGACUUAGAACAGCAGUUAAUUUUGAAAGAAAGUGAACGGUCAUGGAAAUGGGAAAAAGAUUUGGAAAAAAUGAAUGAACAAAAAAACUUGAAGAGUCCAAACCCGAGCCAUGGGAAGAGAACUUCUCCAUCAGGAUCUGGGGAAGGCUGCUUUGAAGGUACGAAACACAAAUUAAUAAAUCUAUUUUAAAUUUUUGUGUAAGUCAACUCUGCCAGGCAAUUUUGUCUCCUAUCAUUCAUAUUGCUCUCGCUUUGUUUUCUGAUAGCGUACCCUUCAAUUUCUUGGCUAUUUGCACUCUAGACUAUAAGCAGUUAUUUUUUAUCAUUGACCAACCAGGAGUUUCAUAUUUUGUUAAGUAUAUUGUACAUGGAGUACUAUCAUCAAAUGAAGCUUAUAUGAUUGUUUGGGGAUUAAUUUUGUCUAACCGAAUUAUAAUAUCUUGGACACUAAAAUCACCGAUCGCGUAUGCGUUUGGUAUUCUAAAGAGCGAAACUUUUAUCAUGCAGCUAUAACCAGACAGAUUUAAGAGGUGUUCACCAAGGUUAUGCGUUACCUUAACGGGGGUAACCUGGGACCAGGCAUCGCAUUCGGGGAAAAAGGAGAGUGAAUCGAUGGCGGAGCCCGGAGACAAGUCUCUGAUGCCGCUGAUCCGCCCUCCAGCAAUUAACCUGUCAUUGAAAUUUCAACACGUCAACGUGAUCAGGGAAUUAUUUUGCCUUUGUAACAAACAAUAUUUGAAUUGGCACAUUAAGGCUGCAAAGAGAUCUACAGUAACUUCUAUCGCUAAAUGGAGUAACACCACUUCAGAGGAAAAUGCGCUGCGUGCGACCGGUGAAGAACAACCGAAUAGAUUCUCAAGGGGAUCCCUCAAGUUCGCAUCGUAAUGCUCGUUGACAUAGCUGCUAAUAAUGAACCAGAUCAGACGAAAUUUUGCUGUGUAGAGUUUAUAUUCCGCCGAGGAAAAAUGUGUAAGUUUAGCACCUUAUGCUGCUUAUGCGACAGACUGAGUGCGAGUGUCUUCCUAGUGUUGAGUUUGUUGUCCUUUUCAUAGGUAUGUCUGCUCAAAAUCGUGUAAAAGUCAGUAAUAAUCAUUUUCCUUGACCGCUGAUAUCUCCGCACUAGAUCGCGAGCAGAGUUUUCUCUCUCGCAUGCACGACUUUUAGCGUUUACGAAGUCGUUCGAUUCGCUUUUCAGUUGCGUAGUUGGUUUGUUAACGACGCGACUGACCAGGGACGCGCCCGAACGACUUUAUAAACGCUAAAUGCCAUGAAAGAGAGAAACCACCGCUCACAGUGUAUCUCCGUACAGUUGUGUGGUUUCAGUGCGUUUCGGAACACAAGGUUAGCUGUAUGCAACAUGCAUUUUUGAAAUAUAUCCACUGAUUUUUGGGUUCUAUGACGCCCUUGGUAGGAACAUGAUAAUAUAAAUGCUCUGCCUUCUGAAAGUCGGUUUUUAACUCAAUCGGUUCACUUUGAAAAUGUGACCGUAGUUUAUCACAGUUGGAAGAGUAUAAGUAAAGCUCGAUAUUUGAAAGCUUCGUUUUCUUUUGGCAACAGACCAAAGGCAUAUUUUUGCUCUUCCUAGCUGACAUCACUCACUGUUGGAAAUGACACAAAGGCUAUUUAUCCUUCUGAACAUGCCUGGAACAUUGGUGUUAUUUUUGACAGUACUUUAAAAUGGCAUUAUCCAAACAUGUUAAUGCCAUAGUUACAUCUGCUUUUUACAACCUACAUAACAUUGCUAAAAUUAAGCAAUACUUAUCUUUUGAUACAGCGAAAACUUAUUUAGUUGUUGCGUUAGUUCUAUAUCGAAAAUAGACUAUUGUAACUCAUUGUUUUUUUUUUCGGUAUGGUGCACCUAAGCAUUUGCAUUGGUUGCCGAGGUUGCAGAACGUUCAGAAUGUUGCUGCACGUAUUAUUGUUAGACUGGGAAAAAAUGCUCACAUUACUCUUGUUUUGAAAGAGCUUCACUGGCUGCUAGUAGACUUGAGAAUAGUUUAUGCUAUAAAUUUGCUUACUUUCAAUAAUAGCCCCUAAGUAUUUAUAAGACUAUUGACGUCGGCAAGCCUUAUAGAUUGCGCUUCUUAACUGAUGGGAUUAGACUGAACCUGCCUCUGUAUGAAUCCGGACGGAGGUCCUUUUCUGUUUGUGGGCCAGAGCUAUGGAACGAACUUCCAUCUGCGCGCUAUAGAUAAAGCUAAGAACACAUCUAAAAAUUUUAAUUAGUUUUUGUCAGUCAUUUUUUAUUUAAUGAUUUAACAUUCAUAGGUUGAGAAUGGUAAAGCGCUUAGAACAAUUUGUAUAUAAGCCCAUGUUAGUUAUUAUUAUUACUAUUAUUAUUAUUGUUUGAGGGACAAGCUUAGGAGUUCGAAAACAGCAACCCUGAAUAUCUGUGAGGGCUUUGAUCUUUUACUUUAAACAAACACUUUGCCUGAUAUUUUACUGAUUUUUAUAGAAACAAGUUGUAGUAUCAGUCAGAGACAACAGACUCGAAGACACCCCGAUGAAGUAAAUGAAAUAGGUCGCAACUCUCACAUCCAACACAACCAACCUUAGGCUAUGUCAGUGGCGGAUCCAGAGGAGGGGCCCGGGGGGGGUCAGGCCCCCCUUAUUUUUAGACCAAACUGAGGCCCGAAGGGCCGAAAAAAAUCUUUUGGACACUGCCCCCCCUUUUCUCUGGGUCUGGAUGACCAGCCCCCCCUCCCCUAUCUGAGGGUCUGGAUCCGCUACUGUAUGUUCACACUGAUACCGAAUAGCUUUUCGUGCCGACUUGAACAACGAUGUGAACAGCUACGGUACAGAACUGCAACGAGUGUGACAGAAACCUAUUCGAUAUGCGACUGGCAGCGUGACGCAGCUUCGCUCCGUUACAAAAAACGUAGCGAAAUCACCGUUCUUAUAUGUGAGCACUGCAGCCCUAUAUCUGGUAUAAUGGGAUUUUCGUCUCGCUCGGUGCAAUAGCUAUCCAGUAUAGUAUAAAAAAAAUAGCUUAACUAAUGACAUGCGAAUGUGAUUAUUUUUCCGGUAGAAACAAAACAGCUGUUGAACGAGAUGCGUGACAUAAAUUUCAACGGUCCAAGCACUAGUCAUGAAAGAAGCAGUUCUGCAUCAGGCUUUGGGGAAAGUGACUUUCAAGGUAACCAGCACAAAUUAUGAUUUUCUUUCAUGUUUUGCUUCCCACGUAUGUAAGUUAGAUCCCUUUCGCAGAUACUUCCUUCCUUUAGUUUGUCUACCGCCCGACAAAGAUAUCCUAACAGGAGCUCUUACGAACAUCAGUGAUUAAUAUUAAUAGUGGUUAAUUUUCUUCAAAGAAGCUUAAUUUUGUAACCCGACAGGCAUAAGUUGGGGUGUCAGUAUAAACGCAGGCUCGGGGGCCGGGGUCAGUCUUUUUUAAAAGAAUAUUGUUAGGGUUGACACUUACCCGAACCCUAAUCCUAAAAUAGCAUUCUUCAAAAAAAGAUAGACCCCAGCCCGGGCCCCGAGUCUGCGGACACCCCAUAAGCUGGUAGAAAUAGGCCAUUUCCGACUUCCAAAAUAUUUUAACUUUCAAAACUAGGCUAAAUAUAAAACCUUUAUUGAGGAAAUGAGAUUUAUUUGCAUGAGAAAAAAUCCUUUUCAUAUCAAUGGUUUCACACUCGGCCUCUCUUUGAAACAGAGGCUUAAAACAACUCCGAAAUGGUCUAUUGGGCGGUUCCUAUGAUAGGUCCUUCUUGACAUAAAUAAGCAAGGGAUGAUGAGGUUAUGGCCAAAUUUAAAAUAAACGAUUUCCUUGCAGGUAAAAAUACGAGUCGAAAUGAUAUUAGUAUGGGUGACAAACACCAGGAUAUUUUGCGUCGUACCUGGCCCACACUAAGAAAGGAUCUUGAACCUAUAAAGCUAUUACCAGAUUUGGUAGAUGUGUUGGACCCCACAGACGAGGAAGAAAUUAAAGCGAGUUCGAGAAAAACGCGAGAAGAUGCGGCUGAUAAGCUCCUGGAGAUUCUACCUAGGAAAGGAGAGAGGGCUUUUGACGUGUUUGAGAGAGCAUUAAAAAAAGUGCUGCCUCAUUUAGCUUAUCAUUUAGGUGAGCGAUAAAAUGUAUAUCUACCCGUUUUUUUGAAAACCAUCCUAACGAAAUUUGCAGUCAUUUGAGUGAAAGGCUUCAUGCUUAAGCCCAAGAAGCUCCAAUAUCACAGUAACGAAGGAAAAGGAAAAGAGAAAGAGAAAGGGCGAGGAGAAGGAAAGGAAGAGAAGGAAAAAAAGCAAUUGUUGCACUCUUAGUUUUUAUAAUAGCUGCUUUGAGAUAGUUCAUAGUUUUGGCCGAAAAAACUGUUGGACGCAAAAGGUCCGUUUUGGCGGUAACGGUUUUUUAAAUGUAUAAAAUUUACAUCGCGCCAACAUUUACAUAAAAAGAAGGAACGAAUACACCUUACAAGUCAGAUAAAAUGGUUAAAAACAGAUUAUACAGCUAUUUCAAAAAACGUUCUCGGAAGAAAAGCAAAAAGUCUUCAAGCCAAGACCACAAGGUGAUGUGGGUUGUUUCAAAUCCGUUUUUUGCUGGCAAAAAAUCACUCCACUAAACCGGUCGUUGAUUUUUAUUCGUCAUUCAUACUGAACCAUGCUUAUCAAUUUAGCUCCACCCGCGCGCGAAGCGCGCGCGCGUGGACGGAGCUCCAUAGCUAAGGAAAUGUGGUAAUCUACCCAUCCGAGAAAAUUUGGUAAUCACGUGACCGUACGCCCGACCGUCCGUCCGCACCACAGGGAAACCAAUGUUUUCUCUCACACUUUCUAGCUAGUUUGGGAACCCAAUAGAAAACUAAUUGCACAUCAAUGUUGUGAUCAAUUGACAGCUGUCAAAACAGGAUAUUCGCUGACCAGUGUCACCUGACCGUACCGCGGGCUCAAGUGUCGACCCAUCGAGGUCGAGUACUUUUUUGAAGUUAUCCGCUGACAAAUUACCAGUUUCAAAUAAUCGCAGGCUCAAGUCUAUUUUUUCCAAUGAUUCAUAUGAAAUAUGUUGUGUUUAUGUCACUAUGGCCCCGCACUGUCAAGAUUUUGAUUUCAAACUGACCUUGGACGCGAAAAUUAGGCCACUUUUUUAAAACUAAAGGCGGGGAAGACCUUUUCUUACCAUGGUCACGCGUUGGUCACGCUCUACGUCCAAUUUUUGUACUCUGAUUGGUCAAAAUUUGACAGGUGAGUUCAUGCGGAAAAUUUAUGCAGCAUCUUGAAAGUUGUUUACUUUGACAGAGUUUUGUGUCAACUUGUGAUGUUUUUAACUGUCUUUUUCCACUGGAUGUACAAAAUGAAAUACAGCUGCUAUCAAGAGUCUUCUGUUAUCCAUGGCUGGUUUGUUUAUUGGGUUUUUGGUUGAGAAAUGCGUCGCUUGUUAAAAUUGGGUAAUCCGAUUUCGGAUGGCAUCGUUUUCGUCUUUCACCUUGCUCAAUGCGUAAGAGGGUUUAAAAGUCUCAAGCAACGAUGGCCUUCCUUGAUAUCUUUCAGGAACUGAAUCUCGAAUGGUAAGCCUGAGUAAUUAUUGUAUUUGAUGUUUGUUUUUUUUAUAUCCAAUUUCAUGAAGUCGAGCACAGUUUAUGCGGCAAGUUUUUGCACGUUUGUUAAGAUUUGAGUCAAUGAUCUGAUCUAGUAUCAGGUUUGAUAUAAGCUUACAGGACUUUAAAAGGCCUUCAGAUUUUUUUUUUUCACGGCAAAUAGAAAACAAACGUUCCGAAGAAUAUUUAGUUAUAAAUUUGGCUGUAGAAAGAAAACUUUGAGUGAUUUUCUUGCUUCGAGGAGUUCAUCUUUGAAAAAAAAACAAACACCGGGAGGCCGGCUGAAAGUAAAACAAAAUAAACUUAAGCUUAAGCUUUAUUAAAGCUUAAAGACUCAGGAUUUUUAGAGACACUUUAAUACUUGUCUUCGUGAAUGAAAAUUGUUGUCUCUGUAAAUGUUUUACCGAAUUAUAUUUCUUUUAUUGAUUGUUAGUAGUCUCUCUUGCAAUUUUAAUCGCUUGUCC